AUGGGUGAGACGAGUGUUCAGGCUAUGGGUGACACAAUAGAGAAUGACAUUUCCCACAGAACGAAUACCCCUUUUCGAGCCAAAUCCACCUUUUGUCCGCCCAGAUACAGAAAUCCAUCCCUAGAAACAUACUGCAGAUUGGUGGAAAAAGAUUUAUCUGGUUCUGAAUAAGAAACGAGAAUACAGAGUCUACAAUAAUCUCCCUAAAGAAUAGAGACAAGCAUUGGAUGAUUCAAAAAAAUUAUUCCACUUUGAUUUUGCGUAAUGCUGAUAAGGGCGGAGCUGUGGUGUUAUUAAACCAUAAUGACUAUGUGAAUGUGAUCCGGGGACAAGUAAACAACACCACUUUCUUUAAAUUGUCACGUGACCCUACCACUGUUCAAAGAUGAGAUUCACUGCAAGCUGAAGUCUCUUGUGGAAAGUGGAGACAUUAUGCAUAAAGAAUAUGAGUUCAUGAAAGUAGACAAUCCAAUCAGCACCGUUAUUUAUGUCUUACCAAAAAUCCACAAACGAUUGGAUAAGCCACAAGGGAGACCUAUUGUGGCCUCCAUUGGCUCAUUGACUCAAAAUAAUUCUGCUUUUGUAGAUUUCUUUCAAAAACCCAGUGUGGUGUCAUUCCCUGCCUAUGUACGCGAAUCUAUGGACAUGAUUAACACCCUCAAGACAAUUCACAAUAUCAAUGGGGAGAUGCUUGUGGCUUGCUUUGAUGUUGAGUCCCUGUAUACUAAUAUCCACCACUAGGUAGGCCUAGAAGCCAUGGCACACUAUCUUAGUCAACGACCCACUGGCACACUCCAUAGCAUUAACUGUAUUGUUGGAACUUGCUGAGAUUGUUCUGACUAAGAACUUUUUCAUGUUUGAAAAUGACAUUCAUUCAACAGAAGGAAACUGCUAUGGGUAGUAAAAUGGCACCGAAUUAUGUCAAUCUAUAUGUGGGGAUGUUUGAUUAUAUAUAUUUUUUCAGCCCUAACAAUCCAUUCUUGCACCAUAUCAGGCUCUGGAAACGCUUCAUUGAUGACGUAUUUCUUCUAUUCCAGGGCACAGCAGAGGAACUUCAUCGAUUUCACUCCUUCAUCAAUACAAGCAAUGAAUUUUGAAAUUCACCCUCAACUUUGAUGCGCAUGAAACAAGUUUUCUUGACAUUUUGAUUAAGAGGGAGGGGUGUGGCUUUAGCACAGACCUAUAAAGGAAGCCGAUGGACAGGAAUUCCCUGUUACGCGGAGACAGCUUCCACCCUACACCCCCAAAAAAGAGCCUCACCAUCAGCCAAUACAGUCGCAUACGCAGGAUUUAUAGUGCACAGAGGGACUAUGACAAACAAGCCGACUAUCUGGAUUAGCGUUUCAGGCAGCGGGGUUACCCAGAGGAAUGGCUGCAUGACGGAAGGGAUCGUUAUAAAAAUAUGA